UGAGGAGGAGGGUGCCAGGAGAGCAGCCAAUCCCGCGCUCCCCGGGAGGAAGAGGAGGAGCCAGAGCCCGUGGGCCCCGCUCUGCUCACUCCCGCGCGGCGCCGGCCCCGCAGUCUCCUCCCGGCCCCGCGCUGCGGCCCACUGUGGACUACCCCAGUGCAGACAUGGCCUCGGGCUCCGCCUGCACAGCGGUGAAGAUUGGAAUAAUUGGUGGAACAGGCUUGGAUGAUCCUGAAAUUUUAGAAGGAAGAACUGAAAAAUAUGUGGAUACGCCAUUCGGCAAGCCAUCUGAUGCUUUGAUUUUGGGGAAGAUAAAGAACGUUGAUUGUGUGCUUCUUGCAAGACACGGCAGACAACACACCAUCAUGCCUUCCAAAGUCAACUACCAGGCGAACAUCUGGGCCUUGAAGGAAGAGGGCUGUACACACAUCAUCGUGACCACAGCUUGCGGGUCCUUGAGAGAGGAGAUCCAGCCUGGUGACAUGGUCAUUAUCGAUCAGUUCAUUGACAGGACAUCCCUAAGGCCCCAGACCUUCUAUGAUGGGAGUCAUUGCAGUGCCAGAGGAGUGUGCCAUAUCCCAAUGGCUGAACCGUUUUGCCCCAAAACAAGAGAGGUCCUCAUAGAAACAGCUAAGAAGCUUGGACUUCGGUGCCAUUCAAAGGGGACGAUAGUCACAAUUGAGGGGCCUCGUUUCAGCUCCAGGGCAGAAAGCUUUAUAUUCCGUACAUGGGGUGCAGAUGUUGUCAAUAUGACCACUGUUCCAGAGGUCGUACUGGCUAAGGAGGCUGGAAUUUGUUAUGCAAGCAUUGCGAUGGCAACCGAUUAUGAUUGUUGGAAGGAGCAUGAAGAAGCAGUGUCAGUGGACGGGGUUUUAAAGACCAUGAAAGAGAAUGCCAAUAAAGCCAAAAGUUUACUCCUCACUACUAUACCGCAAAUAGGCUCAAUGGAAUGGUCAGAGACUCUCCGUAACCUAAAAAACAUGGCCCAGUUUUCUGUUUUACCACCAAGACAUUAAAACAGCAUGGCUGACACAAGAAGACUUUCUACUGCUAGUCUUUGGGGGAUUUUGCUUAAACAAAAAUGGAAAAGAUCCGUAGCCUUCAUGCCUUUGCCUGGAAAGAAAGACACUGUUAGUGACUCAGCCGAGAUCCGAGAAAAGCAAAGCACCUGCUGAAACUCAAGGGAGCAAAGUCCGAGAGCACAUCCAUCUCAUUGUCCCUAUUACACUGACAUCAAGGAAGACUGCUGAGAACAUCCUUGUCCCUACGCUGCUGAGGAGCCAGAGUGAGCUCGAGAUGGGACUGUGCGACUGUAAACUGGCACCUGGUAUUCUAAGAGUUUCUCUUGAAGAAGUUAUGAGAUAUUCAUUCAAAGAACCAUGUGUAAAGGGUAUUACCUGUCAUAGUAAAAUAAUCAAAACUACCUGAUUAUCAAAAAAAAUUUAGGUGUGCCAUGUUUCCGUUAUACUUGGGCUCUGGAGCAAUCAAAUGAAAAUCAUGUUUUCUCACAAAGAAAUGAUCAAUCUUUUCUCUACCUUUUGUUUUUAAGUAAAUAUAAAGUUGUGAAAAUUACAAUGAACUUAGAGAACUUUGAAACUCUUUUGGUGGUGAAGCAAAGAUGACAAUAUUAUAAAUGUCCUGUGUAUGUGAUUCAAGAUACGUAAGCCAGAUAAUCCCCUUCCCCAAAUAAAGAAAUAAAGAAAAGUGCUGUGUGAAAAGCUUAUAUCUCUGCUUAAGAAAGGUCGUGGGUCACCACACAGCUAAGAAGAUUGGAAUUGAGAAAGCCAAGGCUGGUGUUUAAUGCUAAAAUGAAUACAAAGUCAGACUGCUUCUCUGAUUAAACCACUGUGACUCAUUACAGUGUACCCAGUGUUUUUUAAAUGACCAUUUGUUUCUAUUCCUUUUUUAAGAGUUAUUCCUUUUUAAGAGUUGGCAGUGUUUUCUUUUGUUUUAAAAAAAAGCAAGCAGAAGUAAGUGUUUUCAAAUUAUUGUUGUUACAGGUGCCCUACAGCUCUUGUAAAAGGUCUGUAAAGUAAAUGUGCUUGUGUCUGAAAUUGACUUUGAGAUAAUAAGCUGUUGAGUGUAAGCAAUGAAUGAACUAUUUGCUGCAGCGUUGAUGUUGAGGCCCCGGGUAAGUGCAAUUGUGACUUCCGGCCCAUGUUACAGAGCUUCCAGAGCUGUCCAGAGCUGGCUGUUAGCAGUGAUGGAGACUCCCUGAGUCCUGAGCAGGGCUUUUGGUUGUUUUUAUUCAGUGCAAUAUAAACAGUUCUUUCCCCUUAGUCACUGUGGAGUGGGCUUCUGUCCUGUUGCCUUUAGAAAAUGCUGCUCUCUUCAACAUGGACAAUGAUUUUCUUAAGUGGCCUUUCUAGCCCUGUCUUUCCUUUUUCCUUACACUCCUUCAUUAGGAUGAAAUACGCAUAUAAUCACUGAGUCUGGAUCGGCACGAUGCUUCUGUCCCAUCGGGUGUCAUAAUUCCACUCUUUUCUGACAAAUGAAAUCUCAUCUUGUAUCCUUUCAUGUUCUUAUCCAUUCCUUUGUUGAUGGACGUGUGGGCUGAUUCCAUAAUGUACCUGUUCUGAGUAGUGUUUCAAUAAACAUGGGUUCUCAGACUUUUCAAAUGACCAGAUUAUACUUCUGCGUUUGCAUUGGGUCUUGGCUCGUGCUGUUCGUAUUGAAACUCCACUUUGAGAACCGCUAUCUAAACCAUUUGUCUGGCUGUUCUUUAGACAGAUUCCAGACCUCAGACCUAGUCAAGGGUAUCACUUGAUCCAUUGUUUGUUUUUUUAACAACUUUUUAUUGGUUCUAAUUGGUUCAAUUUCAUAUGCACACCAAUCAUCUCAUCUCCCCUCCCCUCCCCUCAUACCUGCCCUUCUCCAUCCUUACAACCUCCCCUGCUAACAGAAGCUGUAGUGUGUAUCUCACAGUGUGUCCCACAGUAUACUCUUUUGUCCACAUUUCUUGGCUUGCAAAUGUUGGUUGCAUUGAGUUCUUGGUCUGGUACAAGGCCUCUGGCUUCUGCUACACUAUACUGGACCUUCACGGGGACUCAUUUCAUAUAUCCUGUUGUUGCCCUGUGUCAUGGAGAUCCUGGAGUUUUGGAUUUGUAGGACCAGCCCCUUCAUUCUACCAGUUCAUCUAUGGGGUGCAUGUUGGGGUGUGCCAAUUCAAAGCGUUGGUCUGGGCCUGAGAGUUAUCUGUCUGAGCUGGUCAGCCCACCAGCCCUCCCGCACCCACACUACCAGGACAAGCUCUCCUCCCCUGUGCCAUCUGGCCUAUCCAAUGCCACAGCCAGCAAAAGGCUGGUCAUCUCAGGCUUGCUCCCUGUCUGAGUCGUCUUGGGCUUUCUCCUUGCCUGGCCACCCUCGUGGAUCAUCUGUUUUGGUCUCUCUCCAUCUUAGGGCCCAUGGUCCCAGGUGGAGUUCUUCCAGUCUCCUGGGGGGCCUGUCAGGGCCUGCACAGUGCCAGACUAGUGGUCAUCUCAGGCUAUCUCCCUUAGCUCCCUGUGCAGGGGGCAUCAUGGCACUGUAUUGGUGGUGGACUCAGGCUUGCUUAUUUCAGGGUGUUUAGGUGUCUUAGAGUUUUAUGGCUAUGAACAGACACCAUGACUAAGACAUGUCUUAUAAAAGACAACAUUUAAUUGGGCUGGCUUAGAGGUUCAGAGGUUCAGUCCAUCAUUAUCAAGGUGGGAGCAUGGCAACAUCUCUACAGGCAGAGAUGAGAGUUUUACAUCUUCAUCUGAAGGCUGCUAGUGGAAGAGUGAAUUCCAGGCAGCUAGGGUCUUAUAGCCCACACCCACAGUGACACAGCUACUCCAACAGGACCAUACCUUGUAAUCAUGCCACUUUCUGUGCCAAGCAAAUACAAACCAUCACAAUAGUCAGAACACUGAGCACAGACAAAGCCUCUCCUCUCUGCCACCUACUAACUCACAUAUAUACAACAGCCACACCUUCAAUGCCUCUAGGGGCAGGUCCAUUGUAUUUUGGUUUUACUAUUUUUUGCUCUUUAUUAGGUAAUGUCAGCACACAAAUAUGCUUCAUUUCUCUCCCUUUCAAUAUGUGUAUAUGUGGUGCAGCUUAUCAAACACAAAGCCUUGUGCAUGCCAGGCUAACACUACCACGGAGCUAUAUUUCUUAGCCUCCAUUAAAAAUCUUUAUUGUCUUAACUUUUUUGACAUGAUUUGAAAUAAAAUCCUUUCUUAGUUUUUUGUUUGUUUCGGUUUUUGCCUUAGUGUGUAUAAAAUACCUUCGUUGCUGUGAUAAAAUAACUUGACAAAAGCAACUUAAGGAAUUAUGGGUUUAUUUUGCUUCACAGUUCAAGAGUGCAGUCAGGGCUUGAGGCAGCUGCUCACACUGCAUCUACGACAAAAGCGGAAAAUGGCGACUGCUUGUGCCCAGCUCACAUCACUUUUAUACAGCCCAGGAUCCCAGCAUAGGGAAUUGGCACCACCCAUAUUGGGUCUACUCAAGUUGGGUGUUCCCACUUUAGAAAACCUCAUCAACAUAAUCCUAAACAGGCAGGCCCAGAGUUCAUCUCCUGGGUGACUCUCGAUCUAUCUCAUCUGGAGUUGACAACAGGCAUUAGGCAUAACAUUCUCCGUUUUCUUGCUCAGUUCAGUUCAGAUUUUGACGCCUCCAGUACCACCUUUCCCUUGAUCUAAUCCACUCAUUAUCUGACAGCCCAUCCUCUAUACUUCCCAAACACUUUAUUUUAUUGUUACACUGUUAUGUCUUUAUUGGUAUUGGUUGUAUUUAGUAUCUCCAGAUUCUUUACAGAGUAACACAGAAGAAGUACUGUUUGUACUUCUUAAAUAAGUUUACAUGUCUAUGAAGUUUCAGCCUAUUUAUAUUUCAGCCAUCUUUCCAUUUCCAGUAGGAAUCACUGGUUCCAUUGAACUUCUUUAGGCGAGCCCAAAGUAAAUAUCCACGCUGGGUAUUUUCAGGCCACCUAGAGUCUGUUACCCAAGGACCAUUUGUCAUAAUGCACAACAUAAAGCUAUGUACGUGGUCUGUCUCCCAACUAGAUAGUAAAAAAAAAAAAAAACUGGAAAAAUGGAAAAUCUAGAAAAAAUGGCUUAUGUGUUAAUUAUUCAAUAAAAUCAAUGAGUUAA